AUGAGCAAGGAGCCGUGUGUGGACGAAUAUUUGUUGGAGAAUCAGGAGACAUGGGAGGGCCGCUGCUUCGAUACUGGCCAUGAUGUCGCGAAUGCGCCGCCAUUUCCCUCUACAAACUUUGUGGCGGUCGACAAUGGUAGGACAAGUAACGGGAUAAUGAAUUUUUGAAAAAUUUUUAGAAAUAAAAAAUAAAAAAAUCAAAAAAUUCCAAAAAUUUUUUGGCCAAAUCUUCGGGGUUUGUCAUAAAUUAAGGUUUGAAAAUUUCAGAAAAAUGGAUUUCCAUAUAUGAGAUAUCCAAAAAAUCUCCAAAAAACCCCAUUUUUACCAGUCUGUCGGGAAAAUAAUGAGCGCAAUGUCGCUGCGCCAAUCGCGCCGCUGAAGUGAAAAAUUUUAUUUUUCCCGCAACACAAUUCAUUUUCUCGGCGGCGAUGAGAAUUUCGAUGCAACAGAGUGAUCAUUAUUUUCCCGACGGACUGAUAAAUUCCUUGUUGAUCCUUUCCCCCAAAUUUCAAGCAAGUCCAAGGAAUUUUUCCGAAAUUUUUAAAACGCGUUUAAUUCUUCGGACCACCCGCCUCGCUCUCCCUUCCGCAACCCCAUUUUCGUCGAACCCAAAGGGUCGAAUUCGAAGGCGCUGCGGGUGGUCCGAAAAAGUAGAAAAAAUUCCGAAAAAUGAACUGAAAAUCAGGGUUAACGUCGAAAUUUUGGGAUAAAAUUAAAACAGAUGACUAAAGAAGCCCUAUAGAGCAAUCUGACAAAAAAUCUUGGCUAUAGCGAACACUCCGUAUAACGACAACUUUUUGAAAUUUUUAAAAAAUCGACUGAAAAUUCGAGUUAACAUUGAAAUUUUGGGGUAAAAUUAAAACAGAUGACUAAUAAAGCCCUAUAGAGCAUUUUGACAAAAAAUCUUGGUUAUAGCGAACAUUCAGUAUAACGACAAAUUUUUGAAAUUUUUUAAAAAAUUUUAUUUUUUUCCAGGAAACCCAAAUCCAAAACACAUUCGCUCCUCAAUGUAUCGUAUUCCGCGUUCGGGCCGCAAUUACAAAGAUUUGAAUGUCCCAUUGUCGGUUACUGUAACUCCAUUCGCGGUCUUGGAACAUCCGGACGAAAAUCCGGCGCAAUUCCGGCCAAAUGAAGGGAAUCCCCCAAAUUGCGGCCAAUGUGGAGGAUUUAUGAGUGCGCACACAAUAUUUGAUCCAAGUGGCCAGAAUUUUGAAUGCCGGUUUUGUGGGUAAGACCGAUUUUUUAUUGGAAUUUUGAGGGUUUUUUGAGAGAAAUGGCGGGAAAAUGAAAUUUGAUUUUUUUGGUUGAAAAAUUUGGAAAUUUGGGAAAAUUCUUGAUGGGAUUUGAGAGAAUAUGCCUUAGGCUAUUUUAUAAUAAUCGCAUUCUAAAUAGCUUUUAUUGGAUCUACUUCAAAAAUUCAUUUAUAUUGCUUUAGGUCAAGUGUUAUAUAAUGGCUAAAAUUGAUGACUAACGUCAAAAAUCUCAUAUAAAAUGUAUUCUAACUGAUGUCUAAGGGAAUUUAGAAUAAUAACUACCAGUGACUACCUACUACCCGCUCCAUUUUCCCUAAAUUUUAUUGUUUUUUUCGUUUUUAGCUCCAAAACCCCUGUUCCUUCCGAAUAUUUCGGUUACGUCGACGAGAACGGCUAUCGACUCGACAGGAAUUACCGACCCGAGCUUUGCCGCGGUACCUAUGAUCUUAUUCUGGAAGAUGGAACUGACAAUUCUACUCCGUUAUACGUGUUUUUGAUCGAUAUCUCAUCGGCUUCCAAGGAAUGCGAACUUUUGCAGGUGGGUUCGUUUUUUUUUUGAGAUUGGUUUUUUUCAAUUGACGUAGAUAUCAGCAGGCGUAUUUUACAUAAAAAGUCGCGUGUUUUAGCCAUGUUUGAAGAUGAGUUUUUGGCUGAAGUUCACAAUUAAAAAAAAAUCUUUUUACUGCAAAGUCAACAAAAAAUUUCGUAUGUCUUUACAGUAUUCUGUUAAAAUGGUAAUUUUUAUUGUUUCUGUACCACUUUGCAAUGUUCGAUAGAUGCUAUUUUUGCCAAAAAAGCAAAAAAAAAUCGAAGCCACCUAGGGGGAUCGAACCCCUGACCGUUGGAUUAAAAGUCCAACGCUCUACCGCUGAGCUAAGGAGGCUCACUUCAAAUUUUUUUCCGAAAGGCGCUAAUGAGGUUGGGAAAGGUCUUUGAAGAAGAAAUCAAAAAAGGUAGGCCCGGACCGGCCCUGAGGGCUCAAAAAAAAUUUUUUCUUGUAAAAUUUCCCUUCAUGAUUAACCUUAUUUUAGGCAGUUCUUGACAAUUUGAUCAAACAUUUGGAGUCCAUUACAAAUACCGAAGGGCACCCUCAGCCCAGAGCUACCGUAAUCCUCGUAGACGAAUAUUUGCAUAUUCUGGACAUCCGCAAUCCUCAUCGUCCUGGGCUAUGUUCAAUUACGGAUUUCGAUGAGAUCUUCCUCCCAUAUCGAGAAGAGCUGAUUUCAACGCCGGAGGCAAUAAUUUGCGCUUUGAAAAGGUGAGCUUUGAACUUUGCGUGCCUAAAAUAAUUUUAUGAAGCCUAAAAUAAUAUAAUUUUAGGUUAAAUCACCCAUUGGAAUCUUUGAUUCAUCCCAACCCCGAUCGGCCGUCUAUUUUGGGCCCUGGUCUGGAAUUUGCCCUUAGGCUGUUUGAAGAGUUCGGCCGGGUUGGGAAGGUGCUGGUUUUUUUGGCCAAACGCCCCACCAAGAAUGUUCAGGGAGUGGUGAUUGAGAGGAAUGAAUUGGGAAAUGGAAGCGAGUGGACGCCGGAUAAGGUAAGGUCAGAAAAAGGGAAAAUAUUGAGUUACAGCGGUUAGAAUAACUUUAAAUUUUGCAUACGUCAUCUCUGUGUGAAUUUCAAAUUUUGGCAAAUUUGCCCAGCCAAAUUUAAAAUUUGACCAAUUUGACCGGUCAUAUGCCCAAGUUGCCCAAUUUGACCAUUAAAAUUUUUUCAACUGACCAAUAUAUCCGGUUGAUUUGUAAAUCCGAUCAAUUUGACCGGUCGAAUUACCAAGUUGCCCAAUUUUUCGGGCAAUUUUAAAUUAGACCUUUUCUGACCGGUCAAGUUUGCAAAUUUUGCAGUCGAAGCCUAAUAUAAAUCCCUAAAGAUCAUUUUUUAAAAUUUCCAUUUUUUUACUUUUAUUCAUUUCAAUCCUGUCUAUUUUUUAGCGUUACCUCGAGCCACUCACCCAGUAUUAUCCAUUGCUGGCCAACAAGUUUCUUGACAAGGGCGUUGGGAUCGAUCUCUUCAGCUGUUCUCGAGGUGAUAUUGAUUUGGCCACAAUUGGGCAAUUGUCGGUUGUGACUGGAGGGAAUAUCUAUUGGUAUGACGACUUCUUGGUGAGUUCAUUUUACUUCAUUUGGAAUAAAAAUGGAACUUUUGAGGCUUUAGAAUUUUUUUUGAAUCUGACUGGUCAGGGUGGGCAAGUUGACCAAUUUGACCGGUCAGUCAGUCAAAUAAAAUUUUUAACAAUUUCCGCUUAUCUGCGGUAGUUUAAAUAUGCCCGGUCAAGUUCAUCGGGCACAUUGGGCAAAUUGGUCAACUUUACCGGUCAAGUUGACCAAUCAAGCCGAUUAUAAUGUCGACAAAAAUUUUUGCAAUUUCCACUGAUUACGGUACGAAUGUUUUAAUAUACCCGGUCAAGUUCACCGGUCAUAUUGGGCAAAUUGGUGAACUUGACCGGUCAAAUUGGGCAUUUUAGAAAAAAAUAUUUGAUAUUGCCCUACGAAUGACUGACUGAAAUUUGACAAGUAUCCGAAACUAUAUACCUCGACUACUUCAAUUUUUCAGGCAGAAUACGAUGGAGAAGCCCUUUACCGCGACAUUUCGUUCUCUCUGGAAACAGAGCAGGGAUUCAAUGUGGAAAUGGAGUUUCGGACCAGCAAAUGUAAGCGAUUUGGCAUUUUUGCCAAUACAAAAUUUUUGAAUUUUUAUUACUUUAUCACAAAAAUUCAAAAAAAUUGUUUUAGUCAUCCGAAUCACCUCGAUUCAUGGAGCCCCAACGUCGUCCACGUCUUGUUCAAAUGAUCUAGAAAAUAUCCGAAAAGUCCGAUUUGGCAGUCUGAAUUCGACAAUUCAGUUCGAUUUGGAUAUUGGAGCAAAAAUUUCGGCGCUUCCGGAGAAAGUUUUGAUCCAAGCGGCGACAAAAUUUGUCGAUAAAUAUGGUAGGACGAGGCGGAGGAUUCUGAAUUUGUGUCUGGGAACUACGACAGACUGUGAAGAGGUGGUAAACAAUCUGGAUUGGUCUGUAUGGGUAUGAAUUUUUAGGUCUAAAGGGCUAUAAACAAGAUUUUUUUGCGAAAAAUAUCGAAAAAAAUUCAAAAAUUGGUGAUUUUAUCGUUGAAUUUUGUGAAAAAUGAAUUUUAAAUACGGUAGUUUGAGUUAUUUUUUACUCUUUUUAUGGUAUUUUUUAGCAAUUUGAAUAAAAAAUAUCCAAAAAGUCCAAGCCACCUAGGGGGAUCGAACCCCUGACCGUUGGAUUAAAAGUCCAACGCUCUACCGCUGAGCUAAGGAGGCUCACUUCACAAAUUCCUCCGAAAGGCUCCUAAUUAGGUUGGAAAUAGACCUAAUUGGACAAUAAAAAAUUACAUCGAAAAUGUUGUUGCAAUACGAAGCAUUCGUUAUGUAGAAGUUUUAUCUUUAAUAUCAGCCUGUCGGGGAAAUAGUGAGCAAUUUGUCGCAUCAAAAAUCGCAUCGCCGCCAAAAAAUUGUGUCGCGGCAAAAUAAACUUGCUUUUUUCACUUCAGCUGCGCGAUCGUUACGCUCAUUAUUUUCCCGACAGACUGAUAAUAUCGAAAAUUGAAAUUUUUUUGCUUUUCAGACGUCGCAUUACCUCAAACUGGCCACAUUCCGAGUUCGUCAGGGGGAUUGGUGUGUGGCUGAGACCAGAAAGUCCCUGAUGAGAUCUUUGGUCAUCAGUCUGGCGUCGAUUCGUCGCAGAUUUGGCGCUCAUAUCAAGCAGACUUCACUCUUUAUACCGCCAACCAUGAGGAUGUGCCCGUUGGUCCAGCAUGCAAUUUCAAACAAUCUGAAGUUAUUUCCAAGUAGGUUGGCGGUGAUGGUAGUUUUAAUGAAGCUUAAAAAGUUGUUGGAAUAGGGAAUUUUGGUCAAAUUGACCGGUCAACAUGACCAAUUUGGCUGGUUGUAGUGGUCAUGUUUUUUCACGAGAAAUUCAAAAUAAAUUUUUUUUGAAUUUGGCUAAUCUGAUCGGUCAGAUUGGGCAAAUUAUUCACGCUGACGGGCAAAUUGGUCAUCUUGCCCAACAAACCAAAAAUUUCUAGACAAUAAUUCUUGCCAGAAAAUUCAAAAUUUUUAUUUUUUUACACUUGACCAACUUGCCUGGUCAUAUUGGUCAGAUUGGCCAUUUUGCCUAGAAAAUUGGUCAUCUUGCCCGAAGAGUCAAUAAUUCCUAUACGAAAGUUCUUUGCCUGCGUGGAAACAUCAAAAUUUUCAUUUUUUUAAACCUGACUAACUUGCCCGGUCAGAUUGGUCAAAUUGGCCAUUUUGCCGGGCAAAUUAAUUUUGCCAUUUUUCAUCUAAAACGACAAUUUUCCCUCUGAAAUUCACCUUUUAUUUGCAGCCAAAGCCCCCAAACCCGACGAAUAUGCCUUUUAUUUUAUGGCGAUUCAAAGAUUCGGCCCAGAAGAAGCCCUCAAAUUCGUGAUUCCCCGUGUCUACAAGCUCAACAUCUACGAGGAAGUUGAAGAUUACGAUGAGGCAUACGCCGCUUCGCGGAUAUUCCAUUACCUAAAAAGGCCGGCGAACUACUUUUUGAGCGAGAAGAGUAUGUAUUUGAUCGAAAAUGGGUGUUCUGGAUAUAUUUGGAUCGGAAUGAAUGCGGAUCCUGAUGAUGUGAGGAGCUAUUUGGGUAUAACGGAAGGGAAGUUGGACUUGAGAGCAAGUGUAAGUUGACUUUUUGAACUUUUUUGAGGAAAAAUUGUAAUUUUGAUGACAAAUGGCAAAAUUUUUUUUUGAAUUUUGAGCUGAAAAUUUCAGGGAUUGAAUCAAAGACUUUUUAGGUCAUCUGUAAAAAAUUUCAUGAGAAUCUAACAUUUACUUUUCGAGAAAAUUUAAAUUUAAAAUUUUUUUCCCAAGUUUUUCACUUUAAUUUUUUAUGCCUUGAAUAUAAUUUCCUUUCAGUUCAAGGUCCUCUCAAUUGACACGCCGGAGAAUCGUUUCGUCCACAACGUCAUCGCCUAUCUCAACAACGGCCGCCCCCGGCAACUAUCGAUCCAGAUUACGCGGAGCCAAUCAGCGUCCACUUACCAAGCCGAGUCCCUAUUGGUCGAGGACGAGCACACACUGGAGGUUCGUAGCUAUUCCCGAUUCCUUCGCGAAUUACACAGCAACAUCCAAAUGAUGAGUAUGUGA